AUGUCUUCUCAAGAGCAGAAGCCCAGUAUUGAGCAAGAGGCGCAGCCCCAUCAGGCCCAGCCCCAACAACAGCAUGAGGAGCAUGCGCCCCAGGUAGAGGAGGAAGACCAGGAGCAGGAGUACCAGGGGGAUGAGCAGUACGACGACGACGGCCAGGAGUAUGAUGACGGCCAGUAUGACGAGCAGCAACAAGAGGGCGACUACCAAGAGGAGGAGGAGGAGCCGGAGCCGGAGCCGGAGCCGCAGCAGGAGCCCGAGCACACCAAGGCCGGCUCGACGCCCGCGACCUCGGAGCCGGCGACGCCCAAGGACGAGGAGCAGCCGUACUGGCAGAAGGACCAGAAGAAGCAGAACCAGCAGGUCGCGCGCAACCCGCGGCGCAACCGCCCGCGCAACCAGCGCCAGUACCAGCCCCAGCAGGACAUGCAGCAGUACCAGCAGCAGUACCAGCAGCCGCAGCAGCAGAUGCAGCCCCAGCCAAAGCCCGACGAGGGCGGCAAGAACCCGCUCAAGCUGCGCCUGGACCUGAACCUCGAGAUUGAGAUCGAGCUCAAGGCCCGCAUCCAUGGUGACUUGACUCUUGCGUUGCUUGAAACGUAA